CUGAACCCGCCUCGACGCGACCUACCGCGAGAGGAGCCUGUGGGCGGGCAUUGAAACGUCGGGUUCUUUCGCUCCGGUUUCGUUCCUGCACGCGCGACCUUUGCGGGAAGCAUGAGUGUGGAUUGGAUUGGCUAUGGUUAUGCUGCAUUGGUUGCCUCCGGUGGAGUAGCUGGCUAUGUAAAAGCAGGCAGUGUCCCUUCCUUAGCUGCUGGUCUCAUCUGUGGUGGGUUAGCAGGAUUGGGUGCUUAUCAGCAGUCAACGGAUCCAAAGAAUAUUUGGCUUUCUCUGGCUGCAUCGGGAACCCUGACUGUCCUGAUGGGAAUGAGAUACUAUAACUCUAGAAAAUUUAUGCCUGCAGGGUUAAUUGCUGGUGCCAGUCUAUUAAUGGUAGGCAAACUUGGACUACAGAUGAUGGAAAAACCUCUUUAGCCAUAACUGUGCAACAACAAGCAGAAAGAGACCUACAGAGGACUGCCCUCAACAAUGCCUGUUCGGAACAAAACUGAAGACAAUAUUAAUGCUUUUUAAAAUUGUACAAUUUGCAAAGUUUUUAAACUUCAAAUUAUGCUCAGGUUUUGUAAAGUGUCAAUCAUUACAGAAUUAUAGUUUUCAUAUCUCUUUUCUCAUGAAUAUAUUUCUUGUCACAAUUCCAAAUGUUUUAUGAUGACGAAACAUGGUUAAACAGUGCUGAUGCCUUGUAGGAAAUACACUUAAUUUUGUCAUCCUAUUUCCAAAUUUUGUGUCUCUAUAUCUGUAUGUAAGAUGUUCCACUCAAAACAAAAAGUUUAAAAGUCCCCUUUACAAUUCACUGAAACUUAUUAAAUGUUUAAAAGCCUUU